UAUUGUGCACAUGCACCCAUGAGACAUGUUGAAAUGAAAGGUAAAAAAACAUAUUUUUGUGUUUUUAUAAAUAUAUGUAUAUAUAAUAUAAAUAUUGUAAUAUAAAUAUUUUAUCAUUUUAGAAAUGGAAGUCACGUCUCCUGAAGGAAUCAGUUGUCAAAAUCUCGUCAUUUCUCAAGAAUCUGCAGCUGACGUGUUACAUGAAUUUGAGUUUAUGGAUACAAAUGCUCCUUCCACUUCACAAGGCUCAUCGAUGAAAUCAGGAACCAUAAGAAAACCCGAAAGUUUAAAUAACAAUGCAAAGAGAUCGAAAACUCAGGCAACUCAGGAAAUCCCUAUGAAAGCCCUAAUGCCAAUCUCAUUCCGCUCUGACAUCCAACAAGGAUUAGAUAAUAACUAUCUUUUACCAUCACAAGAAAAUGCAAUCAUCCGGAUUGCUUGCAACAACAUGAAGUCGAGGAAUCGAACUUCUCCUUCUGACAUAAAUCAAAUGGCAACACUUUUGCUACAAGAAUACCCGAUUCUAUGUAGUAGCAGCUCAGUGGGAAACAGUUUGGUAAACUCUUAA